AUGGAGACCAUCAAGGACUUUGAUCUGUCUAUCAGGUACACUCCAGGCAAAGCUAAUGUCAUGGCUGAUGCCCUUAGUCGCAAAUCCUAUUGCAACAACCUCAUGAUUCAAGAAAGUCAACCUGCUCUUUAUGAAGAAUUCAGGAAAUUGAAUCUUGAGCUCGUUCCCCAAGGCUACCUUGCAAACUUGGUGAUCACACAGACUCUUGAAGAUAAGAUCCGAAAAGGACAGUUGCGAGAUAUUUGCAGCAAGAACAUCAAAGAGAAUAUGCACAAGCCCAAGUACAAGUCCUUCUCUAUCGACGAUCAAGGAACUCUGUUCUUCCAAGAACAUCAGAGACCUGCCGGUGUCCUCCAACCACUGAAAAUUCCUGAGUGGAAAUGGGAUAAGUUUGAGAUGGACUUCGUUGCUCACUUCCUUCCAGUCAAAGAGACAAUAUCUGCUAGUCAGUUGGCUGAGCUCUACACAGCAAAGAUUGUUUCUCUUCAUGGUGUUCCUUUGGAAAUAAGCUCUGAUCGCGGAAGUAUCUUCACUUCCAGAACACCUCUAAACUGGUCUGAAACUGGUGAAAGGCAAAUCUUUGGCCCCGAUGUCAUCAACGAGGCUGAAGAAAAGGUGCGAAUCAUUCGUGACAAUCUGAAGAUAGCACAAUCUCGGCAGAAAAGCUAUUAUGACAGUAAGCACCGUGAUAUGAUCUAUCAGCCUGGAGAUCAAGCUUACCUCCGUGUUACUCCUAUGAGGGGCACUCAUCGUUUUGGUAUCAAAGGCAAGCUGGCGCCAAGAUACAUUGGUCCCUUCAAAGUUCUAGCAAAGCGUGGUGAAGUCGCUUACCUCCUUGAACUUCCUGAGAAGCUCUCUAAAGUGCACGAUGUCUUCCACGCGUCACAACUCAAGAAGUGCUUCAAAGAUCCGGACCGUGCAGUUGAUCACGAGUCCAUCGACCUCCAAGAAGACCUCUCCUACAAAGAGCAUCCCGUUCGGAUUCUUGAUGAAGCUGAACGUCGUACUCGCAACAACUCUGUCAAGUUCCUCAAGGUGCAGUGGUCGCACCAUUCUGAUAAAGAAGCAACUUGGGAACGGGAAGAUCAACUCCAUUCCGAGUACCCGUCCUUCUUCUCUUCUUCCUGA